AUGGAUACCUCAAUCCCAUUGUGGCAAAAGCGAAUGGAGGAGUUGCGAGUGUCCGGUGAGAAUUUUGCGGCGAUCAACGGGGAAAAGGAGGCGCAACUCGCGAAGAACUUCGGAAUGCUGGAGAUGCUGGCGACGAAGGGCAAAGCGGCCAAAGGGCAAAAGGAGAAGGCUCGAUCGGAUCAGGUGAAGAACUCGGCUGGUGGUUUCGUUUUCGCCGUCUCUGACGUGACCCGAGUUAGGCGAUUCUUGAUUUUGGGAACGGACGGCGGAACGUAUUACUCAAAGGAGAAGACCCUCCGAAUGGAAAACCUCUCUGCGAUGAUCAAGAUCAUCGACCAAGGAAAUGCUCACAUGAUCCUCACUGAAGUCCGCGCGAUUUCGGUGGCCGGCAGAAAUCCCCGCCAAGACCCUUUGAUGUUCACAUUGGCUCUUUGUGCUAGAUAUCGAGUCUGUGAUGUGAACGAGAAGAAAGUAGAUCAACGAGCGCUCACCGCCACCUACAAGGCCUACCUCAACGCGAUGCACCGUGCCGCUCUUUCAAUCGUCAACGAUGUUUGUCGAAUCCCCACUCAUCUCUUCCAAUUCGUUGAGUACUGUGAGCUCGUCUCGCAACAAACCGCCGGUAAUAAAGAACGCAAGUCGACUGGAUGGGGACGAGCGAUGAGAGACACGAUUGCUAGAUGGUACACUGCUAAAAAACCCGAUCAGCUGGCGAUGGCGGUCACCAAGUACCAACAGAGGGAAGGAUGGUCACACAGGGAUCUCUUCAGACUCAGCCAUCCAAAGGUCGCCGUAAAAACUGACGACCCAUCAUUGCUUGAGCUCGAGCAAAUCUACCACUUCAUCGCCAAGGGAGCGCUGCAGACAAGAAAGAGAAGACUCUCUGUGGACGAACAAGUGGAAUCAAAGAAGAAGUACACUGAGGAUCAGCUUGAUCAAGAGGACAACUCGAGCGCCCUGGACCUUAUCGAGACGUUCAAGUCGCUAAAAGGAAACACCGAGGAAUACCUCGUCGUUGAUGCAAUUCGUGCACAUGGUCUCGUCCGUGAGCACAUCCCCUCGGAACAUCUCAAUUCAAUUGCCGUCUGGGAGGCUUUACUCGACAAAAUGCCUAUGACCGCACUCAUCAGAAAUCUCGGAAAGAUGCAAGCGAUCAAUUUAAUUAAGGGGGACAAGAUCACAAAGUUGUGCAAGAAGCUCGGGGACGAGGGGGCAAUCCGCGCGUCGAGAGUUCACCCAAUCCAGGUCUUGAUGGCUCACGAGAUCUAUUCGCGUGGACGCGGAGACAAGGGAAGCCUCUCGUGGCACCCAAAUCCAACGAUCACAUCGGCCAUCGAGAAGGCUUUCUACCUCUCCUUCCAAAACGUCACCCCCACCGGAAAAAGAAUCUGCUUUGCUUUCGAUGUCUCUGGAAGUAUGAAUUCUCAAAUCAUGGACUCUUGUCUCACUUGCCGAAAGGCCUCUGUGGCGAUGGGAAUGGUCGGGCUGAGAACGGAAAAAGAGGUGGAAGUGGUGGCUUUCUGUGGUGACCUCGUCGAGAUUCCAUUCGAUCGAUCGUGGACUCUCGAGCAGACUUGCCAGUACUUCGAUGGAUUGCAUUUCGGAACCACCGAUUGCGCUCAGCCAAUGCUGUGGGCGACGAAGAACAAGAAGAAGUUCGACUGUUUCUGCGUCUUCACGGAUAAUGAGACCUAUUUCGGAAAGGUGCACCCCUACCAGGCCUUGCGAGAUUACCGAAAGGCGUCGGGCAUCGAAGACGCCAAGUUGAUCGUUUUCGGCAUGACCGCCACCAAUUUCUCUAUCGCCGAUCCAAAUGACGCGGGAAUGCUCGACGUUUGCGGCUUCGAUGCGGCUCUUCCCGAGAUUAUGGCCAGCUUCAUCCGCGGAGAUUUG